UUGAAAAGCUUUUGCAUUAGGAGCAUAAAAAUGUCGUCUUUAAGGAAUGCCAUCCCGAGAAGGGCUCACAAGGAGCGUGCCCAGCCACAUUCAAGAAGAAGAUUUGGGCUGCUCGAAAAGCAUAAGGAUUAUGUCGAGCGUGCGAGAGCUUACCACCAAAAGGAGCAGGCUAUCCAGAAACUUAAAGAAAAAGCCUCCUUUAGGAACCCGGACGAGUUUUACUUCAAGAUGGUUAAGACAAGAAUGGUUAAUGGAGUCCACAGAUUGGAGAGUGAAGCAAACAAGUAUACUAAGGAAGAGCUCAUGUUGAUGAAGACUCAAGACCUUGGAUACAUUUCUCAGAAACUUCAGACCGAAAAAAAGAAAAUUGAGAAGCUAAGUGGAAUGCUGCAUUGCCUUGACAACCACUCGUUAAGCAAGCACGUUUAUUAUGCUGAAGACAGGGAUGAAGCUAGAGAAAUACAAUCUAAGGUACCGGAAAAACAAGAAAAUCCUUCUUUGAAGGACUUGCCUAAGGAUAUCCAAAGAAAAAUGGCUGCAUCCUACCGGGAGCUGGAGGUUAGGAAAAACAGAGUAAAAGAGCUAGAGAAAAUCCACAUGGAGAUGUCUAUGCAGAAAGAAUUGCAGGUACCAAUAUUUAAAAACCAAAGCUUAAAAAGGGCCGAAAGCGCAAACUUCGUGAAGAUGAAAUUGUUUCUCCAGUCUCGGGACCUGUGUACAAGUGGCGGCAGGAAAGAAAACGCUAAGAGAAAAAAGGUCGAGGACAGUUGUAGCUCAAGUUAAAAACUCGGUACUCAGGAAUUUUGUGUUGCUGAUGGACGUUCGUUUUUUUUUUUUCUUUCAAUUGUUUCGGGUGUUUAGUUAAUACACAAAAUUUAGGAACAAGGGAUUGUAACAAGAUUUCUUCUGUAAAAGAUUAUCCAAAGUUUCAGUGCUGUACCAAGGUUGUGAAGAAAAUUAUGUAAGGCCUGGAAUCCCACGAAUAUUCUCUCCCUUCAUAUUCAAGCACAAAUUUAUGGUGUUAAAUAUUCUGCAUGCGUUGAGUUAUGAUGAAUCAAUGAUAUAUAGCUGCU